AGGGCCCAAAGGCUCUUCUGCCGUGGGAGUCCGGGGACUCGGGGUCUGCUAAGGUGUUCGAUGUCCGAGACCUGGGCUUGGCUCCCACAGGGGGCAGCCAGCGUCCGAGCGGGGGGAGGGAAGGGUCGGAUUGGGUUCCGCGGGGCGGAGGCGUUUCUGAGCCGGCCCAGCCAGGCAGCGCCGGUGACAUCACCGACCACCCUCCCCCGCCUAAGCCCCCUCUUCUCUCUUCCUCCCCUUCUCUCCUCACUGUGUCUUUUGUCCUGGCCAAGCUCUGCCCUCCCCCGCCCCGCCCCACCCCGCCCCUCUACGAGGGAGGAGACUCCCCGUAAGCGACUUCAUUGAGUAGGUUCUUGGGAUUGGGGUCGGAUCCUCCCCUCAGAGAGGAGCUCACUGCCUCUCAGGCCCUCACAAUCACACCUGUCACAGGUACACACGCUGCCACUCACAAGCACAAUCUCGCACUGCCGUCCUCAUUGUCACACUACCAUACACUCACCAUCAGACAGACAUUGCUGCACCUGAGAGCAGGUGCUGCUGGACCCUAUCCCUUCACUCCACACCUGGGGAUCACGUCCCACUCCUGCUCUAUCAGACAGGCCUUGCCGGACAAAUGCCUCUGAGAAUCUGAGGAGGUGGCUUCCAGAGCUGCAGCAUUCCAAGCAGGCUCCAGUGGAGCCACCAGAGGUGAGGGGCUUGGCUGGGCAUGUUUAAGCGCACAGUGCUCUCCCGCCCACCCCCACUCCAGGAGGCCCGAGGAGCUUUCCGGAGCUUCCCACACUUCUGGGGAGAAGACUUCUUAGCCAGCUUGAUGUUUAAAAUUCAGCUGGAGCCCUUAAAACUUCGAGCGUGGACGCUGAAUGGGUUUGUAAAGUUUCGAAACAAGGAGACCAGUGCCGGUCCAGUGGCUGUGAUGGGAAAGGAUUAUUAUAAGAUUCUUGGAAUCCCUUCGGGGGCCAACGAGGAUGAGAUCAAGAAAGCCUAUCGGAAGAUGGCCUUGAAGUACCACCCAGACAAGAACAAAGAGCCCAACGCUGAGGAGAAGUUCAAGGAGAUUGCAGAGGCCUAUGAUGUGCUGAGUGACCCUAAGAAACGGGGCCUGUAUGACCAGUAUGGGGAGGAAGGCCUGAAGACCGGCGGUGGUACAUCAGGUGGCUCCAGUGGCUCCUUUCACUACACCUUUCAUGGGGACCCUCACGCCACCUUUGCCUCCUUCUUUGGUGGCUCCAACCCCUUCGAUAUCUUCUUUGCCAGCAGCCGUUCCACUCGGCCCUUCAGUGGCUUUGACCCUGAUGACAUGGAUGUGGAUGAAGAUGAGGACCCAUUUGGUGCCUUCAGCCGCUUUGGCUUCAAUGGGCUGAGUAGGGGUCCAAGGCGAGCCCCAGAACCACUGUACCCUCGGCGCAAGGUACAGGACCCACCUGUGGUACAUGAGCUGCGGGUGUCCCUGGAGGAGAUCUACCAUGGCUCCACCAAGCGCAUGAAGAUCACAAGGCGGCGCCUCAACCCUGAUGGGCGAACUGUGCGCACCGAGGACAAGAUCCUCCACAUUGUCAUCAAGCGUGGCUGGAAGGAAGGCACCAAGAUCACCUUCCCCAAAGAGGGUGAUGCCACGCCUGACAAUAUCCCUGCCGACAUCGUCUUCGUGCUCAAAGACAAACCCCAUGCACACUUCCGUCGAGAUGGUACCAAUGUGCUCUACAGUGCCCUGAUCAGCCUCAAAGAGGCACUAUGUGGCUGCACCGUGAACAUUCCCACCAUUGAUGGCCGAGUGAUCCCUUUGCCCUGCAAUGACGUCAUCAAACCAGGCACCGUGAAGAGACUCCGUGGGGAGGGGCUUCCCUUCCCUAAGGUGCCCACCCAGCGGGGAGACCUCAUUGUUGAGUUCAAAGUUCGCUUCCCAGACAGAUUAACACCACAGACAAGACAAAUCCUCAAGCAGCAUCUACCCUGUUCCUAGGCUCUGCCCAGCCAGCCCAGAGUCUACCACAGCAAUACCCCCUAUUAUCCCCACUCCAUGUGCACCCAGCUCAAUGUCCACUGGAUACUGGCAACUUUUUCUAAAUGCAAAAAAAGGCUAUUGGUUUUCAGGAAAAUGUUCCUGUCCCUGACUCCCUUAAAGCUGGGCUGCCUUAGGGGAGUAGGGGAGUGGGAAGAGCUGGCCCAGUCCAAGGGUAAAUUUUCAUGUCACUAGCUUUGAAUCCAGUUCCUACUCCAGUGGCUGGAGAGUGACCUGAGUGCUACUUGAAGUUAGAGAUUCCUUGUCCAUGCCUGUAAAUAGCAUGUCCUCCUUCCUCUCUCAGCUUUGCUGAUACCUUUCCUCUCUCUUCUCUUUGGCCUCCUCCUGCUGGGGGAGGAAGAGAAUAGAAAGGAUACUGCUUCACCACCCCCACCCCAGGACCACAGUGUCCAACACUCAGAGAACCAAGGUUACCACACCCAUAUUCACGCACAUGAACCACUCACCAAGAGCUGUUUGCACCUCUCUGGGGUUGAGAUUGGAAGGGAAGAUCACAAGACAGUACCCCGGGAACAGGGCCAUUGAGCACGAGACACUUUUUGUUUGGGGCAGGGAGGUGAACAAGGCCCUCAGAAGCCUCCCAAAAGCUCCCCUGCCUACACGCCACAGAGUAGGAAGCUCUGUCCUCACUCCUGCUCUUGGUGUGUGCAAGGGUAGAGGGAGGGGAGGGGGGUGCCUGCUGUUUUAAAGCUAAGAGGUGGGGAGCAGUGUCCAUCUCCCAGCCUUCAUCAGGAAGGGAAAGGGCUUUGGGAGUAGGUGGCAGCUAUUCUCCACCAAGAGAUUCAGGGUCACAGGUUUCUCCCCACACCUCUGAACUCAGGGCCUAGCCACCCUCAAACUUCCAAAUCCCACUUUUGUGAUAUGUGAAGCUACUUAUUUCUUACCCAUCUCAGAGGCUGUGUGGGGAAUUUCCAGCCCUGUUAUGCCUGUGUAACCCCACCCCAUCCCCACAGUUGUAUAAAGGUCAAAUAGUGAAGGAGCUGGGAGAAAGACUGGUUCAGCCAGGUCCUGGAAUGGGGUCUUCAGAUUUUCUCACUUUGACAAGCCCUUGAAUGUUUUUAUAGUAGUUUUUUUUGUAUUUUUUUGUAAUGACAGUAUUAUGGAAAAAAAAUAAAGUAUUUUAAAAAUAGGA